AUGGAGAAAUACGACAAAAAAAAAUUAAUCGGUUCUGGAGCUUUUGGUCAAGCGUGGCUUAUUCAACUUAAAACGGAUGAUAAAAAAUAUGUCAUGAAAGAAAUCAAAAUUGCUAAAAUGGGCAAAAAAGAACGUGAUGAUGCACGAAAAGAAGUUAAAGUCCUUAGUGAAAUGAAACAUCCAUAUAUCGUUUCAUAUGUUGAAUCAUUUGAAGAUCCAACUAGUUUAUUUAUCGUAAUGGACUAUUGUGAUGGAGGUGAUUUGCAUACACGUAUACAAGCACAGCAUGGAGCUUUAUUUAAUGAAGAGCUAAUAUUAGAUUGGUUUGUACAAAUAACUUUAGCACUUAAACAUGUUCAUGAUAGAAAAGUACUUCAUCGUGAUAUUAAAUCACAAAAUGUCUUUCUAACACGUGAAGGUUGUGCAAAAUUAGGUGAUUUUGGAAUUUCAAAAGUUUUAAAUACUACCUGUGAAUUAGCGCGUACACAAAUAGGUACACCAUAUUAUUUAUCACCGGAAAUUUGUCAACAGAAGCCAUAUAAUAAUAAAUCAGAUGUUUGGAGUCUUGGUUGUGUUCUAUAUGAAUUAACUGCUCUCAAACAUGCUUUUGAUGCUAAUAAUAUGAAUGGCCUUAUUAUGAGAAUCGUUCGUGGUUCGUUUAACUCAAUUCCUCCGAAAUUUAGUGCCGAUUUACGAAACUUAAUAGCAUCUAUGCUUAAAAGAGAACCUCGCGAACGUCCAUCUGUUAAUACAAUUUUACGAAAACCAUUUAUCUAUCGGCGGAUUCCAAAACAUUUAGCAGAAGAUGUACAUCAAGCUGAAUUCAAUCAUACUGUUUUACAUGGACAACGAUUAUCUGUUGAUCUUGCACAUCCAAAUCCACCGGCAAUAUCUCGUCCAGUCUCAGCUCCAAGAGCAAAUCCUGUUCUUCUGCCACCACCAAUUUCUUCUCGUCCAAAUUCAGCAGCACCAAGAGUAAUACCCUACGAACCGGUAAGGGUAUAUCCAGGACCAUCACCAAUAAAACGUCCAGUUUCUGCAACACCUUCUGCUGCCGUCAAUCGAGUAUCACAAGAUAAAAAGCCAAAUGAUGUUAUUCGAAAACCAGUUCUAUCUGUUGACAAAGAAAAUGAAAUCGAAAAACGACGUAGAGAACUUGCCAAACAAAAAGAAGCACGAGAAAAACAAGCCAAAGAAGAAGUAGAGAAUUUAGCGAAAAAGCAACAAGAAUUAAUUGAAAAAGAUAAACACGUACUUAUUAAUCGAGAUCGAGAAAGAAAUCGUUUACUAUUAAGUCAUAGUAGUUCGGAUCUACCAGUUAAUAAUAAACAACAAAUUGCAUCACCAGUAGUAGUAAAACCUAAAAUAAACCCGGUGUCUACGCCUUCAUCAGGAAGAGAAUCGGCCGCAGCAUCACCUAUGCCAAGCGCAGCAAAAGCAGUUAAUUAUGAUCAAUAUCACGAAUUAUUAGAUCAGCAUAAACAGAAAAUGACUGAUGGAGAACGAAAUAUGGAUCAAUGGAAUAUCGUUAAUCAAUCUCAAAAACCUAAUUCUCAUGUUCAACUAUAUCAAAAACCAGUUAUUGGCAAUCCUAAUUUACGUCGAACACCAGGUGCCAAUGUUGGUCGGCCGGUUGCAUUGAGAAAUGAAUAUCUAGAGAAUAGACGUCAGGCUCUGUUGAACAAGGCUCGUGGUCAAGGUUACGCUGGCGGAGCUCCUGCUGUGGCUAAUCCAAAUGUCGGCGUUGUUGGUCAUAUGGCUGCUGAAAUGAAUCGAAAUCUUGAAGAAAUCCGUCGAAAAAAUCUUAUAGGCAAACGAGAAAUAAACGGUAAACCACCAACUGCAUACAAAAAACCGUUGGCUAUGAAUAAACCAAUCAAUGCCAAUCAAGUCGAUGAAAGAUAUCGUUCAGGAUACGAUCAGCAGGUUGUUCUAACUCAAAAAGAAAAAGAAGAGAAGCAAACUCAAGAAGCUUUAAAAAGGAUUGAACCGGUGAACAAUAAUUUGACUGAACUAUUAAAUGAUAUAGGUGGUCAAUCAUCUAGUGCGAAUCAAAAUAAAAAGAAAGCUAUUUUACAAAAUGUAAAUGAACGAAGUGUUCGAGAGGCUUGGCAAAGUCGUGGUGGUCCACCGAAAUCUCGUUCACAAUGGAAUCAACAACCCGUUCUGGAUUCAGCAGUUCUUAAUCGUCAAUCUAUAAUGAAUGAUUCAAGUCUAACUGAUUUAAAUAUCCAUGGGCAAGCAAUGAACUUAGCUAGUGUAAACACACCUAGACGCCCACAAUGGGGUGGUGGAUCACCAGGUACAAUUAUUAAUGUACUUGAACAAGCAAGUGUUUAUGAUCAUACAAUAUUAGACGCACCGAAGAAUGAAACAUCGGAUGUUAGUUUAAUGGCAUUGGCAAAUCGAAUGAAUCUGGAUCGAAAAAAUGACACUUACGUUAUAAGUAGUUCAAAGCCAGUCCCACCUUCUCAUCCCGUGAUUGGUACACUUGCAAAACCUAAAGAAAACGAUUUAGUCGUGGAAGAAUUGAAUGAAACAUUGAAAUCCCAAGUGCAACCUAACACAGAAGCAAAAUCUGCAAUAAUAGAAGAUAAGGAUGAACUCGUCGAAUGUUUAACCACAGGACGUUUUGAUGCUAAAAAUAGACAUCUUCUUCGUACAGUUUCCAAUCCUGAAUUACAUAAAAUUGAUGAAAUACCUGAAGAAAUAAUGAUGGAAUCAACAAAAUUGAAUCGAAGUCUAACUGAUAUUAAACAGUCAUGUAAAGAACCAUCCUUUUUAAGUACGAAAAGAAUAAUCACCACUGCUGUUGCUGCGAAGAGCAAUAGUGAUUCAAAUUCAAGUGAUCAAACGUCAGAAUCUGCAGAUGAAGAUGAUAUGCAAACAUUAUCAUUAGCUUUACAAAGUUGUCUAAUUGAUGAUGAAAAUGAAGACGAAAAUGAAAGAAAAUAUUCAGCCAGUGAACCUGUGAUACAAACAGAUAAAUCAAAAGCAUCAAUAACACAAUGCGACGAUGAUGAUGAUGAUGAUAACGAUGACGAUGAUAUUUGGUGCAAUCAAGAAGAUGAAGAUAAUCUUGAACAUUGUGUUAAACUUGAUCGUGAAAAAGAAGCACAGCUACGUGAAGUUCUCGGUGAUGAAACAAUUGAAAUCGUACGCGAAGCACUCAAAAACAAUGAUGGAGAUCCACAAAAUUUAUCCAGUAUUUUACCGGAAAACAAACGUUAUCUUGUUGACACAGAUGCUUUAUUAACGUUGAUAACAAUGAAUGCACGAUUUAUGACUAAAUAA